AUGUUUGUUAAAUUUGCAGUUCUUAUAAUUCUCAUCGUGCCAACAUUCCCUUACAGAGAGAAUAAAAGAAUUGCUUCACGUGGAAGAUCAAGAGCUUGUUCGCCACCUCGACUUGUAAAUGGCUUCGUGACUCCACUUUACAAGGGAAAAAUGAUGAGAUUUGAUUGUAAUAAAGGCUACAGUAGAUUAGGCGAACGUUAUUCGGAAUGUUUAGGUGGACGGUGGUCUGUGUACACAUUCCCAAUCUGCAUUAAAGCCGGAUGUCCGAUAAUCAAAACGCCAGAGAAUGGAAAAAUUACUUAUUUGAAUGCCAAAGCUUCUGCGAUGUUAUUCUGCGAACCAAAUUAUGAAGCUGUCGGAAGCAGUUUUGCACAUUGCAAUGGAACGCAAUGGGAUCGAACUUUAGGAUCAUGUCGUGAAACAGACAAUGGACCAGCAACGUUUUGUGAUUUUGAAAGCGAAAGCAUUUGUGGAUGGGUACAUGACACGGAUCAUGAUUUUGACUUUGAACGACGUAGUGGAUUCAAUAAUAAAACAAUUUCCAUGGUGACCGGUCCACAUGCCGAUCACACAACUGGGAUUCCUUUUCAAGGACAUUACAUGGUUAUAAACACAAAUACUGAGGUUUACACCAAGAGAACGCGACUUAUUUCACCAUUAUAUAAAAUAUCUGCAAAAACAUUGUGCUUCAAGUUUUAUUACCACAUGUAUGGCAUCAACCUGGGGAUUCUAAGAGUUUAUGUUAAGCCCGAAAGUGCUGAGAUGCAAAGCAUUCUUCUCUUUGACGACAUGGAAAGCGAAGCUAGAAAUGAUUUUGUCGUUUUUGAGAUGAAAGGUUCCCAAGGCAAUUCAUGGCGUGAAGGUAGUGGAUUCAUAAAACCACUCAAUGAGAGCUUUCAGAUCGUAAUCGAAGCAAUUUCAGGUCAGACGAGACUCUCUGACAUAGCAUUUGAUGAUGUGUCGAUAAUGUCAGAUGACGAAUGCAUCGACGGUGAUAGUGAAGAUGAUGAUGAGAAAAAUUUAAAAGGAAAUGAUGACGAAGACGACGAUAACGAUGGAAUUCUAUCUGUCGAGUCUUGUGUGAAUCGAUGCUUCGAAGACAGAAAUUCCACAGUCCAAUUAAAUGCCAAUCAAUCGUUGAGUUGCAGUUGUGCUAGCGACUGUGAAGUAAAUGUGUCAUGUUGCCCAGAUUUCCUUGAUGUCUGCUUUAGAAAUUUGUCAACUUUAACAGCAUCGACAACGGCAAGAAUGAUGGCAACGAAAACGACGAAGACUUCUACCGUGAAAUUGACAACAACAAGACAAACAUCAACUUCAAUAACAAAAGCAAAGAUCAUGCCAACAGCCUCCAGUACGAUUCGCAAAACCAAUUUGAAUGAUGUCAAAAAAUUCACUUCAUCAACAAAAGAAACUGCGCCUCAAGUGACACCAACUGUAAAGGUCAAUCAGAGAAUGCCUCAACGAAAUUCAAUGUUCAAUCAGACGGAAGAAGGUGAGAUGAACCCGACACAAAUGCUCAAGGACUACGAUGAUAUUCUCGGAAAUAUUGAAAGUGAAGACGAUCUUGAGUUAGAAAAUGAUUUUGAGUCUGACAACAUCAUGAAUGAACGAUUUAUGAUGAAAACAAAUAGUGAUGGCUUCGAUAUGUCAUUUAUAAUUAAAGCUUCAGUCAUAGUCAUAUCAACAAUAUCACUUUCGAUUAUUGUGUUCAUUAUAGUUGUGAAACAAUACAAGAAGUCAACGAAUCCUUUGAAUUACAAGGAAAAGCAGGAAAGUGCUUCAAAGCAAGCAAAUGAAGAGUUCAGUGAAAUAAGAUAUUUAACUUCGGAUGAAACAUUAGAUUUUAAUCUUGCAUCACCCGACAGUGUCACUGAUUUGUAAGCGAAACAUUUUUCUUACCUUUCAUUGCAAUUCAAACCUCUCAUUAAGAUUAAGAACGGAAAAUGUUAGAAUGGAAAUGAAAUUAAUGUUCGCUUUUCAUGCGAUAAUCGUGAAAUUCCCUUUUGUUCCACCUUUAAAUCUUAUCGCUUUUCUCCUUUUGAUAAUAUGAAAAAUAAAAAUAUUUCUUUCGUGAC